AUGGACACAGAAAAUAUAAGCAGAGCAGAUCUUGCUCUCCCAAACCCACAAGAAUCCCCAAGUGUGCCUGACAUUGAACUCUUGGAAGCAUCUGCUGAGAAAGCUCUGCCAGAGAAGCCAGUCUUGUCCCCUCCACAGCAGACAUGGCAGACAUUACUGAAGAGAGAGUUGGAGUUCCUGGGGGUGACACAGAUUCUGGCUGGUUUGAUAUGCCUUUACUUUGGAACAAUCGUCUGCUCUGUGCUUCACACUUCAGACUUUGAUGAGGAAGUGCUUUUAUUAUACAGAACAGGCUAUCCGUUCUGGGGAGCGGUUCUGUUUAUUUUGUCUGGAUUUUUGACAAUUAUGUCUGAAAGGAAGAACAUACUGUAUCUGGUGAGAGGAAGCUUGGGAGCAAACACCCUCAGCAGCAUCGCCGCAGGGGUAGGGAUGGUCAUACUGAUCCUUAAUCUGAGCAACAGCUCCGCUUAUAUGAACUAUUGUAAGGAUCUAAAUGAGGACGACGGAUGCUUUGUGGCCUCUUUUAUCACAGAAAUGGUGUUGAUGAUGCUGUUUCUCACUGUCCUGGCCUUUUUCAGUGCUGUGUUGCUCACUAUCUAUAAGGUUGGAGAAGAAUUUGAAAGGAAAAAGGCCACAGAUGAUCGUCUUUAUGAAGAAUUAAAUGUUUAUUCACCAAUUUACAGUGAGUUGGAGGACAAAGGGGAGACAUCUUCUCCUGUUGAUGCAUAA